AAAUCAAUGACUCGCUGAAACUCCACAAAGAAACAUAAAUAGCAGAAGAAAAGCAUAGGCUAAAAAAAGAUGAAAGAGCACCAGUUAGAGUCGGCAUGAGACCACUUCGGACCACUUCUUUCGGCUCUUUUCUAAAGUUUACCUGUAGAGACCGCUUGGUCCCUUGAAAAGUCCGUGCUGACCUGCUUGUUGCAGUUUAUGGAUAGACAACUUUUUUACCACUUAAAAACUGGUUUUAAAAUUAAUUUUCAAGGUUUAAGUUGAUUACUACUCAGCUCAAUGUCACAGACCAGAAAACUCCCAUACAGUUGUUCACCCCAAAGAGCUCUUUUUUUUUCUUUUUUUCUUUUUUCUUUUUCUCUUUUCUUUUUCUUUUUUCUUUUUCCCACAACUUAAAUAAAGUUCAUUUUUCGAAUGUGUUUUGUUUUUCUGAGAAAGUAGACUUUAAAUUACCUCAGCACACCAUCCUGGAAUUUUUAAGAACUCCUGAAAAACUCCUGAAAGUUUCUAGAUCCUAGGACAAAUUGUAUUUUCUUAGGAGCAAAAGCAAAUGAGCACUUUGCAGGCAAAGAAGUGUUUGUUCAUAUGGGACUCUGCUGUUCUGUCUAACCUGCUCUAUCAGCCUCAUCUCUGCAAUUUUGCUCGUCUCUCAACACCUUUGUCUGAUUAGUAGCUUUUGGAGAUUGGGAUAAAGACAUCACUUGCCACGCUGCAUGAGAUAACAAUUAAUUUAACAUUAAACUUAUCCCCUUUCCAUUCACUUUGCUUGGAUCGAUCUCUGUUAAUUGUGUUUGCGGAUGCUUUCAACACUAUGCUUUUCUUAAAAACUUAAUGACACCCCACAAGGAGGUGUAAGAAUCUGAAACGCUCCUCUCCGACUUUGACCAAAGAAACAAAGAAUAUAUCCCCAGCGUGCUCAGGAGACCAUCUAUUUUUAAUCAGUUGACUAUUCAUGCACUUCCGAAGAUACAACGUUAUUUUAAACUGGGUGAUAGUCCUGAUUUUAUUUUAAAAAAAAAAAAGUGCCACAUUGCAGUUGUGUGAUACACAAGUCAGACACAGUAACUUCAUUUAACUGCCGCUUCGCAUCAGACCUGUUUCUGCUAUUAAAGUGGUCAUUUAUCAGCUAAAAGGCGAGUGUGUUUAAAAAUGUAUGUCUUUGGGAGGGAGAGCAAUCUCCCUUUUCAGGGGCAAGAAACCUGUUACAAAGCCAUUUAGGUGGGUGCGCUGUGAAAUGGCAUUAUUCCCCCCCCCCCCCGGGGCGUUAGUAUUACCUAAGUAUGUUCCCAUUUGCACGGCUCCCCGAUAAUUCGGCAUUUUAUUUAACCACACUGCCCUUAGAAACUUGACUUGCACUGAAGCAGCCUGCUAAUCUUAAUUUUUUUCCCCUCUUUCAGAAAGGCAUCUGUUCCUCUUGCUGACAAAUGUACCAUUCUGCCAAGAAAGUUUUGGGGAGAAAAAAAAAUAAGAAGAAGAAAAAAAAAAAAAAAGAAAGAAAAAAGAAAAAAAAGAAAGAAAAAAAAAAAGCGUGUAAUUGAUGUUAUCCCAAGAAAGCGCGAUCUCCACCCCUCUCGGCUCUAAGCCCUUCAGGUAAAAGGAAAAAAAAAUCUUUCAAGAAUUUGUUGCCUUUUUGAGGGUUAAAACAUCAGAAGACAAGCUUGUCUCGCCUUGGCCAAUCAGCUCUCGGCCCUGGCAGCUAUAAUAUAGAACUAAAGGCAGACUCCUCUCACAAGCGUCUUGCUUUGCUACCAUUAAAAUCAGACCCUUUUUUUGUCUCUCGAUUGCUGUCUCCCGACCAAACUCCGAUGUGUUCCGUUAUCAGCGACCUAAAGCCUGCCAUUCCAGCACCUGUCUUGCUAGGGAUCGGUGGAUAGUAUACGAUUCAGAAAGCAGACAAGGACAUAGGAGGAGAGAGAGCUCUAGAGAGACAGCCAGGGAUAGGCACAGAGAGCUUUGAAGUAAUUGGAUUCAAUGGACGAAAUGCUGCUGUUGACAAGAAUUCUCUUGGUGGGCUUCAUCUGCGCUCUUUUAGUCUCCUCUGGGCUGACUUGUGGACCAGGCAGGGGCAUUGGAAAAAGGAGACACCCCAAAAAGCUGACCCCUUUAGCCUAUAAGCAGUUUAUUCCCAAUGUGGCAGAGAAGACCCUAGGGGCCAGUGGAAGAUAUGAAGGGAAGAUCACAAGAAACUCCGAGAGAUUUAAAGAACUAACCCCAAAUUACAACCCUGACAUUAUUUUUAAGGAUGAAGAGAACACGGGAGCUGACAGACUGAUGACUCAGCGCUGCAAGGACAAGCUGAACGCUCUGGCGAUCUCGGUGAUGAACCAGUGGCCCGGGGUAAAGCUACGGGUAACCGAGGGCUGGGACGAGGACGGCCACCACUCCGAGGAGUCCCUGCACUACGAGGGCCGCGCCGUGGACAUCACCACCUCGGACCGGGACCGCAGCAAGUACGGCAUGCUGGCCCGCCUGGCCGUCGAGGCUGGCUUCGACUGGGUCUACUACGAGUCCAAGGCGCACAUCCACUGCUCCGUCAAAGCAGAAAACUCGGUGGCGGCCAAAUCCGGGGGUUGCUUCCCUGGCUCGGCCACGGUGCACCUGGAGAAAGGCGGGACGAAGCUGGUGAAGGACCUGAGGCCUGGAGACAGGGUGCUGGUGGCGGACACGGAAGGCCGUCUGCUCUACAGCGACUUCCUCACCUUCCUCGACCGCGAGGACGGCUCUCACAAGAUCUUCUACGUCAUUGAGACUCGGCAGCCCCGGGCCCGGCUGCUGCUCACGGCCGCCCACCUCCUGUUCGUGGCCCCCCAGCAGAACCAGUCCGAGGCGGGGGCCGCCGGCAGCCGGGCGCUGUUCGCCAGCCGCGUGCGGCCGGGCCAGCGGGUCUUCGUGCUGGGCGAGGGCGGGAGGCAGCUGCUGCCGGCAGCCGUGCACCGCGUGUCGCUGAGGGAGGAGGCGUCGGGGGCCUACGCCCCUCUCACGGCCCAGGGCACCAUCCUCAUCGACCGCGUGCUGGCCUCGUGCUACGCCGUCAUCGAGGAGCACAGCUGGGCACACUGGGCCUUCGCUCCCUUCCGCCUGCUCCAGGGCCUGCUGGCCGCCCUCUGCCCUCUCCCGAUGGGAGACCCCACGGCCCCCGGCAUCCACUGGUACUCUCGGCUCCUCUACCGCAUCGGCAGCUGGGUGCUGGAUAGUGACUCUCUGCACCCGCUGGGCAUGAUGGUGUCAUCCAGCUGAGGGACCCCGCGCCACGCCGGCCGCCCGCCAGGCUCCGACGAGAGACAGAGACACUGAGGGACAGAGAGAGAGAGAGAGAAAAAGAGAGAGAGAGAGAGA